GUGCCAGUUUGGGCUCACUUUCCUCUUCUUUCCUAUCUCGGUAACCAUACCAACUCAGCCUCUGUCCCAGCAGAUUGUUUCUGCUGUGAGGAGUCCUAAAUUUAGCCCCCAAUUGUUCCUUCUGGAUCCAUCCUUAAUCCCAAUUUGGUGACUUUAGCAACCUUUAGCAGAUAGAAGCCAAGAAAGGCAGUUUUCCCUGCCCAUGCUAACAUCUCAUCAUUUGGCAAACCUUCGCUGAACCCAGCAACAACUAUUUCUGCUGGCUGCUACUCAGCCCUAGAAGUAAUUGGCUGAACUUUUGGAUUCUUUUCUUUUUGUGUCUUGACAGUGGUAACUAAUAACAAAAACCAUCUGAAAAUCCUGCAAGUGAAUCCUAAUCUGUCUUGCUUUAACGUGAAAUAAGCGGCUCCCACUGAACUGAAAUCUAAGUCUUGGUCUGUGUUGGUUUACACUGAGUAAUUAUGGACAAGUGUCUUAAAUUAAAGUAGCCUGAAACUUAGUUUACUAAGAGUGAAGGUGAUAAAUCGUGAGUAAAACUCUCGUGGCUUCUGUUUAUGCCACUGGGAAAGAAGAUGAAAAUCAGAAUUGAGUUGGGGUUUUCGUGGACAACAGUCAGCGAUGAGCUACCUUGUAAGCUACCAAUAGGCACAUUACUUUGUAUUUUUACGUGAUUUGGUGUUAGUAAUAUCAGUUGCCUUAUUUUUUUUAAUAUGGAGAAGAUAAUUAUGCUCUGAUCUGGCUUUAGACCAAGAACUGUUUAUGCAGGCAUUACUGUUCAUAGACGCCUGCUUUGGAAUUUGGUCUCUGAACUGAGCUUGCUAGGGGAUGUGCGUUUUUUCAGGUAGUAGGUUUCAUGCAACGUGAUCUGAGAAACAAAACACAUGGAUGCUUUUCCUUCCCAUAGCCAAUGACCUUUCAGCAGCCCAGAGAAAAUUUGCCCAUUCUCUGAGAGACUUCAAAUUCGAAUUUAUUGGUGAUGCAGAGACAGAUGAUGAAAGAUACAUAGAUGCUUCUCUUCAUGAGUUUUCAAACUUCUUAAAAAAUUUGGAAGAGCAAAGAGAAAUUUUGGCACUCAGUGUUACUGAAACUCUGAUCAAACCUUUGGAACGAUUUAGGAAAGAGCAGCUAGGAGCUGUAAAGGAGGAAAAGAAGAAGUUUGAUAAAGAGACGGAGAAGAACUACAGUUUGCUAGAAAAACAUUUAAAUUUAUCAGCUAAGAAGAAGGAGGUACAAUUACAAGAGGCGGACAACCAAGUGGAACAGAAUAGAAAACACUUCUAUGAGCUCUCCCUCGAAUAUGUGUGCAAGUUGCAAGAGAUUCAGGAGCGGAAGAAAUUUGAAUGUGUGGAACCUGUGCUAUCAUUUUUUCAGGGUUUGUUCACUUUCUAUCACCAGGGAUAUGAACUCGCUAAAGACUUCAGUCAUUACAAAAUGGCCCUGCAGAUAAAUAUACAAAAUACACGAAAUCGUUUUGAAGGAACAAGGUCAGAGGUAGAGGAACUCAUGAACAAGAUCAGAAGAAAUCCUCAGGAACAUAAAAGAGCAAAUCAUAACACAAUGGAAGGUUAUCUCUAUGUACAGGAAAAAAGGCCUGCUCCAUUUGGUUCCAGUUGGGUGAAACACUAUUGCACAUAUAGGAAAGAGACAAAGAAGUUCACCAUGAUUCCAUUUGAACACAGAUCAGGAGGGAAAGCUGGUGAUGGGGAACUCUUCAUCCUUACAUAUUGCACCAAAAGAAAUGUAGAUACUAUCGACAGGCGAUUCUGUUUUGACUUAGAAUCUUCAGACAGGCCUGGAGUCCCUGUGACCAUGCAAGCCUUUUCUGAGGAGGACAGGAAGCUGUGGAUGGAAGCCUUGGAUGGAAAAGAAGCUCUGUUCAUCAAUUUGAAUAAAGCAAAUGCAAAACAAGAGGGAAGUGCGCAAUUGGAUAAGAUAGGGUUCACAGUCAUCAAAAAGUGCAUCAGUGCUGUUGAAACACGAGGUAUAAAUGACCAAGGAUUGUACAGAGUUGUGGGGGUGAGUUCAAAGGUCCAGAGACUUCUGAGUUUGUUGAUGGAUGCAAAAACCUGCAAUGAAGUUGACCUGGAAAACUCUGUAGACUGGGAAGUGAAGACAAUUACCAGUGCUAUGAAGCAAUAUCUGCGAAGCCUUCCAGAGCCACUGAUGACGUAUGAGUUGCAUGGAGAAUUCAUCAUUCCUGCCAAAAGUGGGAGUCCUGAAUCUCGAGUUAAUGCUGUUCACUUCUUGGUCCAUAAACUCCCAGAAAAGAACAAAGAGAUGCUGGACAUUUUGGUGAAACAUUUAGCUAAUGUUUCAAAGCAUGCCAAGAGGAAUCUAAUGACUGUAGCGAAUCUGGGGGUGGUAUUUGGACCAACCUUAAUGAGGCCUCAGGAAGAAACUGUAGCAGCUAUCAUGGACCUGAAGUUUCAGAAUAUUGUUGUUGAAAUCCUCAUAGAAAAUCAUGAGAAGAUUUUCAAAACCCUGCCUGAUGUCACUUUUCCUGAGUCAAUCUCUAUGUCAGUAUCUCCUCCAAAUGCCCCACCAAGGCAAUCCAGAAGACAAGGGCAACGUAUUAAGAGGCCUCUGGCUGUGUACAAUCUUUGUCUUGAGCUGGAUGAUGCUGACAGUCACAGCUCUCCAAAAGAAGACACUCCAAGUGGUAGCAUGGAUUCUCUUUCUUCCCAGUCUCCCACUCCUGUGUUGUCCAGUAGCCCUCCUGGGCUACUGGAUAGAAAUCACCUUAUUAUGGACAGCGGAGAUCUUGCAGACUGGACAACAAAUCUUUCUGGUCAAAGCCGCUCGUCGAUGGUUUCGUGGUUGAACACCCCAUGCAGUAACCCAGUAGCUACCAACACUGCACCGUCUGCUUUCUCCUUCCCUAAUCCUUCCACUGGAAGUGACAGAGCAGUGGAGAGCGUUGCCCACCGAAAAGCAAGAGCAGUUUAUCCAUGCGAAGCAGAACAUAGCUCUGAAUUAUCAUUUCAGACAGGAGCAAUUUUUGAAGAUGUGCAAUUUUCCAGGGAACCAGGAUGGCUAGAAGGCACACUAAAUGGCAAGAGAGGACUGAUUCCACAAAAUUAUGUUCAGUUUUUAUAGCUUUAUGCAUUGAACGCCAAGAAGGUGUACAUGGUAUCCAUGGAUUUUUGUUAUAGUCACUUCUCUCCACUUUCGUGACCAUUUUUAAUCAACGAAGAGCCUGAUUAUGGGUUGAAGAUCCCAGUGUGUUUAAAGACAUUAAAUGUUGCCAAAUACGAGCUAGAAAUGAAAGAUUCUUUAAGGUUUGGAAUCGAUGGAGACAGAACAGUUGAAUGGCAAGAAGGUUUAAUUUUUUAAUAGUUUUUUCAAUUGUAACAAUAUGGUUGUUUGCAAGGUAACUAGCAUUUGGAGUCAAAUCUUUGGUUGAGCUGUGGCUCAGCUCUCAGUUGAAGUUGAUUUUUAAAAAUUAGUGUCCAGAAGAUUACACAUCGAUAUCAACCACUUUUAACAGAUUGUUAUUCGAGUGUGGAAAGUACUGUUGGAUAAAAAAGCUAUCGUGCUGACACCUGAAUUAUAUUUCAAAGUGGAAUAGAUGAUGUGGAACAAAUAUAUUGGUAAGUAAAAUUAUAGGUAUCAAGACAUGACAUUUUUCAAAUGUCUUCAAAGAAUACGUUCAUUUAUGUUUUGUGUUUGUGACUUCAUUUAUUUUAUUAAGGUAAGACACAUGAACUUUUAUCACAAGCUCCUAUCUGCCAUGGUUCCUUUGUUACUCAAAAAUAUCACUGUAAAUGAAAUAAAAUGAUGCUUGGUAUUUGA